AUGACUUGUGGAUCAUUCUGUGGCAGCUCCUUCAGCUGCGCCUCGGCCUGCGGGCCCCGGCCCGGCCGCUGCUGCAUCACGGCCGCCCCCUACCGCGGCAUCUCCUGCUACAGAGGCAUCACCGGGGGCUUCGGCAGCCGCAGCGUCUGCGGGGGCUUCCGCGCCGGCUCCUGCGGAAGCAGCUUCGGGUACCGCUCCGGGGGGGUGUGCGGGCCCAGCCCGCCCUGCAUCACCACCGUGUCUGUCAACGAGAGCCUCCUCACGCCCCUCAACCUGGAGAUCGACCCCAACGCCCAGUGCGUGAAGCAGGAGGAGAAGGAGCAGAUCAAGUGUCUUAACAAUAGGUUUGCGGCCUUCAUUGACAAGGUGCGCUUCCUGGAGCAGCAGAACAAGCUGCUGGAGACCAAGUGGCAGUUCUACCAGAACCGCAAGUGCUGCGAGAGCAACCUGGAGCCUCUGUUCACCGGCUACGUGGAGACGCUGCGGCGGGAGGCCGAGUGUGUGGAGGCUGACAGCGGGAGGCUGGCCUCUGAGCUCAACCACGUGCAGGAGGUGCUGGAGGGCUACAAGAAGAAGUACGAGGAGGAAGUCUGCCUGAGAGCGACAGCUGAGAACGAGUUUGUGGCCUUGAAGAAGGACGUGGACUGUGCCUACCUGCGCAAGUCGGACCUGGAGGCCAACGCGGAGGCCCUGACCCAGGAGAUCGACUUCCUGCGGCGCCUGUAUGAGGAGGAGAUCCGUGUCCUCAAUGCCCACAUCUCAGACACCUCGGUGGUGGUCAAGAUGGACAACAGCCGGGACCUGAACAUGGACUGCAUCAUCGCCGAGAUCAAGGCUCAGUACGACGACAUUGCCAGCCGCAGCCGGGCCGAGGCCGAGAGCUGGUACCGCAGCAAGUGUGAGGAGAUGAAGGCCACCGUCAUCAGGCACGGGGAGACCCUGCGCCGCACCAAGGAGGAGAUCAACGAGCUGAACCGCAUGAUCCAGAGGCUCACGGCCGAGGUGGAGAACGCCAAGUGCCAGAAUUCCAAGCUGGAGGCCGCCGUGUCCCAGUCCGAGCAGCAGGGCGAGGCGGCCCUGUGUGACGCCAAGUGCAAGCUGGCCGGCCUGGAGGAGGCCCUGCAGAAGGCCAAGCAGGACAUGGCGUGCCUGGUGAAGGAGUACCAGGAGGUGAUGAACUCCAAGCUGGGCCUGGACAUCGAGAUCGCCACCUACCGGCGCCUGCUGGAGGGCGAGGAGCAGAGGUUGUGCGAAGGCGUUGGCUCCGUGAAUGUCUGCGUCAGCAGCUCCCGCGGUGGCGUCGUCUGUGGCGAUCUCUGCGUCUCCGGUUCUGCCCCUGCUGUCACCACCAGCGUCUGCAGUGCCCCCUGCAGCGGCAACAUGGUGGUGGGCACCGCCUGUGCCCCCUGUGCCCCGUGCGGCGGGGCCAGCGCCUGCAGCGUGGGCUGUAAGAGAUGCUAA